AUGCAUGGUAAAUCUAAAACACAAUGGGCAGUUGUAUCAUCAAGUUUGAAUUUUCCUAAUGUUAAUAUGUUAAGCGUUAGCAUAUGUUUACAUUUCAUAUUAAAACUGUUAUGUUUAGCAAGAGCUUUGUUGAGGAGGUCGCCUGUUAUUGUGUUGGAUGAAGCCACUGCAAGUGUUGACGUAGAAACUGAUUACAAUAUACAAAACACCAUUCGUAGUGAAUUUAACUGGGCAACUUUAUUAUGUAUUGCUCAUAGACUAAGAACAAUUAUUGAUUACGAUAAGGUUUUGGUACUCGGUGAUACUGAAAUAAUAGGUGCAGUAAAUAUUCCAAAAGAUGAAAGAAAAGUAGAAAUAAAAACUGAAGAAAGCAUACAUCCUAAUUUAAAGAAAUCUGCAGUUCGUACAACUGACGAACAAAAAAUAUAA